GCUCUUAUAAAUAUGCAGUAGCAAUAGCCUAAUAAGGUUAGCUAGCAGCUUGUAGGAGAUCCGAAAAGAAACUAGUAGCUCAAGACAUGGUCGCCGCGGCGGCGCCACUAUGGUUCACCUCGCUGGCCGGCCUCGGCGCCGUCUACCUGUCCGUCGUCUUCCUCCGCCUCCUCCCAUACCUCACCCUCUACCUUCUCCCGCCCAAGGACCUCCGCCGUUGCUACGGCUCGUGGGCUGUCAUCACCGGGCCGACGACGGGGCUGGGACGAUCCAUGGCCAUGGAGCUCGCUCGCCGCGGCUUCAAUCUCGUCCUCCUCGACCUCAACCCGGGCAACCUCCGGGAGGUGUCGGAGACGAUACGCAGGUCCCACGGCGUGGAGACCAGGACGGUGGUGUUCGACCUCUCGCUCGUCGGCACCGGGGAAGGCGACGCGGCGAUGCGGCGGCUCAGGGAAGCCGUGGAGGGGGUAGGCGACGUCGGGAUGCUGGUGAACAACGCGGCGGUGGCCAAGCCCGGGGCGCUCUACUUCCACGAGGCCGACGUGGAGCGGCUGGUGACGAUGAUACGGGUGAACGCCAUGGCGCUGACGGAGGUGACCGCCGCCGUGCUGCCGGGCAUGGUGAAGCGCCGCCGGGGAGCCAUCGUCAACGUCGGCUCCGGUUCCACCGUCGCCGUCCCCUCUUUCCCCUUGUACACCGUCUACAGCUCCUCCAAACGGUACGUGGAGGAGCUGUCGAGGAACCUGUACGUGGAGUACAGGAGCAAGGGGAUCGACGUGCAGCUGCAGGUGCCCUUCUACGUGCACACCAACAUGCUCUCCGCCGCGGUGAAGGCGAGGAUGCUGCUGCCGGCGUUCGUCGCCACGGCGGACGCCUACACGCGGGCGGCGGCGCGGUGGAUCGGCCACGGCCACAUCGCCGUCCCCGACGCCGGCCAGCAGCUGCAGUGGCUCCUCGCCGCCUUCGUCCCGGACUUCGCCCACAACUCCUACCGCCUCCGCAAGCACCUGCAGCACAGGGCCAUCCUCUGGAACCUCAACUGAUCUUCCUUCCGCCCGCUCAUCAAUCAACACUUCAUUUUAAUUUCUUCCUCAACACAUAUAAUUGCAUAUUUAAUUGCUGUUCAUCAAGUAUAUAUAAACUUAUUAAGGUGAUGAAGUUUGCUAAUUUAUUACUCCACCAACCAUGCUUUAAAUAAUCCUGAUGCUCACCAGAUAUGUUUGGGCACCUCGAUAGUUUGCUAUUUGUCAAUCGUGCGUGUGAAAAUUGUAAUCUAUCAAUCGAUUUUCUAUCCAUCAGAUCUG